UGGGCUAUUUUUGCUUCUAGUCUAUGCAUUGAAAUGUUUUGCGACCGUGUUUCUUCAAAAAAACCUGGGCGCCUAAUAAAAUAAAUCACCAAAAUUCAUUUUGAUUUCUAGAUUCAAAGAGUAGAAGAAUUAUUGUUUUUAGUUUAAAGUAAAAGCACACAGAAAGAGAGAGAGAGAGAUAGAGAGAUCAAUGACUUCAAGAGAGAAUUGCAGAGUUGAACUUCGAACUGCGAUUCGCCAACUCAGCGAUCGUUGUCUCUACUCUGCCUCUAAAUGGGCGGCUGAGCAGUUGGUGGGAAUUGAGCAGGAUCCUGCAAAGUUCACUCCUUCAAAUACUAGAUUUCAGCGUGGAAGCUCAAGCAUUCGUCGAAGGUUUCGCACUAAUGACAUUACUUCUACACCAGCAGCUGGUGUGUCAUAUAUUUCUACUCCAGUCAUGGAGGAAGAUGAAGUGGUGGAUGGUGACUUCUACCUUCUGGCAAAGUCGUACUUUGAUUGUCGAGAGUACAGAAGGGCUGCACAUGUGCUUCGAGAUCAAAAUGGGAAAAAAUCUGUGUUCUUGAGAUGUUAUGCUCUUUAUCUGGCUGGAGAAAAGCGGAAAGAAGAAGAGAUGAUAGAACUUGAGGGUCCCUUAGGUAAGAGUGAUGCUGUGAAUCGCGAGUUUGCAUCUCUGGAGAGAGAAUUCUCAACACUGCGCAAGAAUGGCACAAUUGAUCCGUUUGGCUUAUACUUAUAUGGUCUUGUGCUAAAAGAGAAAGGCAAUCAGAAUCUUGCUCGUACAGUUCUUGUGGAAUCUGUGAAUAACUAUCCUUGGAAUUGGAGUGCCUGGUCAGAGCUGCAGUCUUUAUGUGCUACAGCUGAGAUCUUGAACAGCCUUACGCUCAGUAACCAUUGGAUGAAGGAUUUCUUUCUUGCCAGUGCAUACCAAGAACUUCGGAUGCACAAUGAAUCCCUAGCAAAAUAUGAAUCUCUACAAAGCACUUUCAGUUUUAGUAACUAUGUACAGGCUCAAAUUGCAAAGGCCCAGUACAGUCUAAGGGAAUUUGAACAAGUUGAAGUAAUAUUUGAAGAACUUCUAAGGAAUGACCCCCAUCGAAUAGAAGACAUGGACAUGUAUUCCAAUGUGCUCUAUGCAAAGGAAUGUUUUGCUGCCCUCAGUUACCUUGCCCAUAGGGUAUUUAUGACUGAUAAAUACAGACCUGAAUCCUGUUGCAUUAUUGGAAAUUAUUACAGUUUGAAGGGGCAGCAUGAGAAAUCUGUUAUGUACUUUAGGAGGGCACUCAAGCUGAAUAAAAAUUAUUUAUCUGCCUGGACACUUAUGGGUCAUGAGUAUGUUGAGAUGAAAAACACUCCAGCUGCUAUUGAUGCCUAUCGACGUGCUGUGGAUAUUAAUCCCCGUGAUUAUCGAGCUUGGUAUGGGUUGGGACAAGCAUAUGAGAUGAUGGGCAUGCCCUUCUAUGCUCUUCACUAUUUUAAGAAGUCUGUAUUCUUGCAACCAAAUGACUCUCGGCUGUGGAUUGCCAUGGCUCAAUGUUAUGAAACUGAUCAGCUUCAGAUGCGUGAGGAGGCAAUUAAGUGUUACAGAAGGGCUGCAAAUUGUAAUGACCGGGAGGCAAUAGCCCUACACCAGUUAGCAAAACUUCAUGCUGAGCUUGGGCGUUCUGAAGAGGCUGCAUUUUACUACAAGAAGGACUUAGAGAGGAUGGAAGCAGAGGAGAGAGAAGGACCAAAUAUGGUUGAAGCAUUGCUGUUUCUUGCACAACAUUGCAGAGAACAAAAGAGAUUUGAAGAAGCAGAAGUGUAUUGUACUCGUCUUCUGGAUUACACUGGCCCAGAGAAGGAAACUGCAAAGAAUAUGCUUCGAGGAAUGAGAACAGCAGAAUCCAGUUCCCCUUUAAUGGAUGUUGAACAUUUUCAUCCGUGAAGAUCCUGUUACUGCAGAGAUCUUGACACUCUAUAAAUGACUCUAGAAAUGCGCGUCUGUACUUGGUGUUGUACUCUAACUAUGCAUUUGAUUUUGGUGUGAAGCCUCUGAUAAUACUGCUGAAGCUUCAUGGUCCAACAUAUUCUCUAACUUCUUUUGUAUUACUAGGAGUUUCGAGCUAAGUUUGGCUGUUCAGUUUUUUCAAAUGGUAUGCAAAUCUUUGAUAUCCUAGAAAGAAUGGCAAAUAUUGGGUUGUGAAGUGCAAUUAUCCCAAUUCCUUUCAUGGGCAAGCAAUGAAAAGAUCAUGACAACAGGACUAAGGGUGCCAAUGUAAGAGAUGGAUACAAGGCAUUCAGAAGAAUUGUAAACUAGCCAGGGUUGCUGAAUUAUAUAAUAGUGACCAAAAUUGCAAAUGUUGGCCUUUUCUCACUUUUGAGUGAUAACUGCCAUCAAGAUGGAUUCCUCCCAAUUGUGAUGUAGGGAAUAGGGCCUCCCUGUAGCUUUAACAUAACGCAUUUUAUUCUAUUGAUUUUUUUUUUGUCUUUUUGAAACCCUUGCUUGUAUGAUUAACUAGAAUUUAUAUGGCGAUCAUUUCCGACAAGUUUCCCAUCA